ACAUACUUUAUUUGGAUUUAUUUUCCGAUCACAACAACGUCCCUUCUUCCCUCCCUUCCCUUCACUCUACCCUCCUCUUCUUCAUCUUCCAUUGUCUUGUCUUCUCUCUCUCUCCAAAAAAAAAAAAAAACAAUAUUUUAUCUUCAUUUUCUAGUCCCACAAUAAAACAUCACAAACUACUUCACCACACCAAACCAAACCAAACAUCACAAACACACACUUUCUCUCUUUUGUUGAAACACAUAAAACAUAAACAUAAACACAAACACAAUUUUAUGGCUUAUCACAACCAGCAUCUUUCACAAGAGUUACCAAUCCACCAUUUCACAGACCAAUCUAACAACAACACUUUUCGUUCCAUCUUACCAGACUCACCCGACCCUAACUCCAAACCUGAUUCCGACCCAAACCAACUCCAAACCACACCUAACUGGCUCAACAACGCCAUCCUUCGUACCCACUACACCGACAACAAUAACAACAACAACAAUAACGACGUUAACAACGACAACACCACCAACGAUAACGGCAACGUUAACGGUCACGGUAACGGAGCUUCUAAUUUUCUUAACCUCCAAACGGCUUCCGACUCCGUUCAAAACUCCGGCCAAUGGCUUUCCCAGUCGAUUCUCCAUCGGCCCCACGGUGAAGUCAUCGACGACGUCACCGAUGUACACGAUUUAGAUGAUUUGAAAGGCGACGGUAAAGGAGAUGUUGCGGUGGUCGGAGACUGGCAGACGGGGAGAUGGAAGGCGGAGAUUAUGUCGCAUCCGUUGUAUGAACAGUUGUUGUCGGCACAUGUGGCGUGUUUGAGGAUUGCGACGCCGGUGGACCAGUUGCCGAGGAUUGAUGCUCAGCUGGCACAGUCUCAGAAUGUGGUCGAGAAAUAUGCCGCCUUCGGACAGAACAUCGUCGGUGUAGAUGACAAAGAACUCGACCACUUCAUGUCACACUAUGUUUUAUUGCUGUGUUCCUUCAAAGAACAAUUGCAACAACAUGUCCGUGUCCAUGCCAUGGAAGCAGUAAUGGCUUGUUGGGAGAUAGAACAAUCCUUACAAAGUCUAACAGGAGUUUCACCUGGAGAAGGUACGGGGGCAACAAUGUCUGAUGACGAAGAUGAACAAGUAGACAGCGACGCAAAUAUGUUUGAUGGUAGUUUUGAUGGUGGCGGAGAUAACAUGGGAUUUGGCCCUCUUAUACCAACAGAGAAUGAAAGGUCUUUAAUGGAGCGCGUAAGGCAAGAGCUAAAGCAUGAAUUGAAACAUGGUUACAAGGAGAAAAUUGUCGACAUAAGAGAGGAAAUUUUACGCAAGAGACGAGCCGGGAAACUUCCCGGUGACACAACCUCUGUCCUUAAGGCUUGGUGGCAAUCACACUCUAAAUGGCCUUAUCCAACGGAGGAAGAUAAGGCAAGGUUGGUGCAAGAAACUGGGUUACAAUUAAAGCAGAUUAACAACUGGUUUAUCAAUCAAAGGAAGAGAAAUUGGCACAGCAAUCCUUCAUCUUCUACUGUCUUGAAGAGCAAGCGCAAAAGGUCUCAAAACUAGUUUUGUUUUUAUAUUAGGGAUGAUAAAUGCACUAAAAAGUUGAUUUGUUAAACGUAAAUGAAGCAAGUUUCAUAAUCUAAUCCUUGAAUGUGAUUGAUUUUUGAAGACCUGUUGAUGGAUUUAAUACGUGUAUGAUGUUACAUAAUUAGGAAGUUUCAUUAGAAAUUGUGUAUACUAUAGGAUUAUGAAUUUUGUACACACUUUAAUGUCUGAAUUUUAUGUAUGUGUAUAAUAUUGAGGGGGUGGUGUAGAAAUAAGAAAUGGUAUAUGCUUUUGCUUCUUACUAGUA